UAUAAAUACGAUUUCCUAAGCUUUUUUUCUAUUAAGAAAACCCUAAUCCUGCCGCCAUCGAUGAAGGCGAUUUCCGGGGAGAUUUCCGGCGAACCCUAACCACGCCGCUUCGCGAACCCUAACCACGCCGUUUCCGGCGCUCAACCUCCUCACCGUCUGUUCCGUCGGUCUGUAUCUUCUCUCAACCUCGUCAUCGGCUGCUCCGUCUGCUCCUGGGAGAUUUUCCGGCGAACCCUAACCAGGCAGCCGUUUCUCUCCGGCGGCGAUUCUCUACUCUUGUUGGCGAACGAACGGUGUCUCUGCCUCCAAUCAGUCGCACGGCUUCUACUCUCGCUGUUUCAUAUCUCCGCCCCCAAACUAGUCACCAUCCACUUCGUCAGUCCCAUAUCUUCUCUCUGAUUUUAGACGGUGACUUCUUCUCACGUUAGUGGCGUUUCAUAUCUCCGGCGAACGAAAGGAUUUAAAAUGGAACAGCUUGAUUUCCCACCAAGGCAAUUUACUGUAGGGCAGGAGCCAGUGCCGGCUAAAAGCAUUGGCUACUACAGUAGUAACACAAGGCUCUUCUCUGCUCUUCGUGAAGCACUCAAUGAAAAAGAAUGGGAGGAGCUCAAAGAGUCGAAACUGGGAGUGUUUUUAAAGUUCUACGAAUUGGAGUUUUCAUGGGCGUCUAGGCUGGUACACUAUAUGCUCACAUUUCAGCUUGACUGCAAGAAGAAGUAUGAGUUGUGGAGUCUUAUAGGUGUUAAACCAGUUAGGUUUUCUCUGAAUGAAUUUGGAGAGAUCACUGGUCUGAACUGUGAGUAUGUGAAGAAUCUUGAGCAUCCUUUGGUUGAGGUAACUGAUGAAAUGAAGGCAUUUUGGGAGCUGCUGGGAGUGAAUUUCGAGCGUGGGCCAAGCAUUGAUGAUUUAACUACAGCGUGUGCUAGGUGCGAAACAUGGUCUACAGAUGAUCGAAAGCGCUUAGGUUAUCUAGCCAUCUACGCUGGCUUCAUUGAGGCACAAAGAACCACGACACCCACACGGGCUGCCCUGGCUAGGUUAGUGAUGGAUCUUGAGGUUUUUGAAGAUUAUCCGUGGGGAAGAGUAGCAUUUAAAGGCUUGAUGGAUUCAGUGAAGAAGGCUGACCUUACAAAGACGUCAUACUACCUUGAUGGCUUUGUUGAGGUUCUUCAAGUCUGGAUCUACCACGCUCUCCCUGAAUUCGCAGCUGGUUACGGAGAUCCUGUGGAAGCAGAUCCUUUGGCAGGCACCCCGACUCCACCUCUGCUUGCCUUCUUAGGUGGCAAAGGCCGGAAACAUGGCAAGGAAAAGUUACAGAAACAGACUACCAUUAACACAUGUACUGUGAAGGAUUAUUCUGAAAUGUUUCCUCUCUGGGAUGAUGAAGUUGAGUACAAAAAGGUGAAGACAAGCAAGAGGUCACUGUGCUCUGCUCCCACCGAGUCUGAGGAAGAAUCACCACGCAAGAAGGCUCGUGUGUCCCCUGGCCAGGAUACCUUGAAUGCAGAGAUAAAAGUUUGGCUCACUGCCAUGGCUUCUAGUAUGGUUGAAGGAUUGGGGAGAUGUGAGAGUUUGUUGACCACACAGGGCCGCAUGAUUGAGAGCCUUGCAAAAAAGGUAGAAGAUAUGGAGAAGAUUGUGGGUGGAGAGAAUUAUGAGGAUAAAAAAACUGAGGAAAACAAAGAUGAGGAAGAUGGUGGCAAAGAUGAGGAAAAUGGUGGCAGUGAUGAUGAAGAAGGUGGCAGAGAUGAUGAAGAAGGUGGCAAAGAUGAGGAAGAAAGGAACGAUGAGGAAAGCAGUUCUGAAGCCGAUGAAGCCACUCCCAAGGAAGCCAUUCCCGAGCAAGCCACUCCCAAGGAAGCCAUUCCCGAGCAAGCCACUCCCAAAAGAGGCAGACCGAGAAAAGCGCAAGCUAAGAAAGGAUCUAAAGCUGUGGAAGCCUCUCCUCAACUAAACAGACCAAAGAGAGGCCAAGCUAAGCAAGCCACUGACAAAGCCACUGUGAGUGAGAAUGGAGGCAUAGAUGAGAGUGUUGUUAUAAUAGAGAAAGAACAAUCAAGCAUUGAUUAUGAUUCGGUGAGAAAUCUGAAACAGGUCGUCAAGUUAAAAGCUGCUCGCAUCUUGGCACGUGCUAAGAGUGACAGAAUUCGUAGGCUUGCUGCUUCUCAGCAAUCCCCCUUUCAAGGAGAUAGCACGGCCAAGUCCAUCAUACCUAACAAGCCAAAGCGAGGACAUGGAUAUUACCCAUUUGGUCCUGUUGACCCCAAAAAGCUCUCUGUUCUUAUUGAUUGGGUGCAACUCGACCCGUAA